GCCGAAUCCUUUGUGCACGAGACGCCAUUUCUCAUAAUUUUCGACGUACUGUACGAAUAAAAGCAUUUUUUGUGGCAAAUCCACCAACCUAGCUAGUCUUCUAAACAAACAUCUAUGGUUGUUGCUGCUCUGCUGCGGCUGUCCUUGAGGAACAUCUGGAAAUCGCCAGUUCAGCUUGCUUCUAGUAGAUUCUUCUUCUCUUGCCAGCAGAAAUUGCUGUUGCCAGCUCUUUUUACGAGGUUUUUGCAGCACCAAUAACGAGAUGUCUGACAUGAAAGAAGAAGGAAUGGACUCUGAUAGCCCAACCAUCGUCAGGCUCAGAGGGUUACCGUGGAACGCUUCAAAAGCUGACAUCAUUGAAUUUUUCCCAGACUGUGAGAUUGAGGGAGGUGAAGACGGUAUCCAUUUGAUGACUAAUCGUGAGGGUCGACCUAGUGGUGAGGCUUACGUUAACAUGUCAUCACCUGAUGAUUUGACGAAGGCCAAAGAAAAACACAACAAACACAUGGGAAAAAGAUAUAUUGAAGUAUUCCCCGCCACUACACAUGAGAUGGAUUGGGUAAUGAAGCGCUCUGGUGCUCCUGCCUGUAACGAUGGCGAUGCUGUUGUCAGGUUACGAGGGUUGCCAUUUGAAGCCACCAAGGAGGAAGUUGCUCACUUCUUCUCGGGGUUGGAGAUCAAACCUAAAGGGAUAACUUUCGUAAAAAAGUUAGAUGAUCGGCGGGACGGAGGGAAGUUUGACCAAAAGGGGCGUCACAGUGGGUCGGCCUUUGUACAGUUUAAAUCACCUGAAAUCGCAGAACAGGCAUUGAAGAAGGACAGGGCUUAUAUGGGGCCAAGGUACGUUGAGGUAUUCAAGAGCUCUGAGGAAGAGUUGGCACAGGUGACUCAGCAGCAGAGAAUGCAGGGCAUGAGACCUUUCCCUAAUCGACCUGGUCCUUAUGAUCGUAUGGAUAUGAGAAUGGGCGGUGGCAUGAUGGGGAGACCUGGAAGAGGAGGGCGAAUGGGAAUGAAGCCCUAUAGAGACUUCUCUGACAAUGGUUACUAUGACGACGAAUAUGACUAUGAUGGGUAUGGAAUGGGCGAUGGCAGCUAUGGUAUGGGAUCCCGCCGUGGUGGUGGCGGAGGCGGUGGAUACAGUGGUGGCAUGAUGAACCGUAGUAGUGGAUAUGGUAACCAAAGUCGUAUGGGAAUGGGAAUGGGUAUGGGCCGUUCAGGCAGUGGAAGUGGUGGUGGUGGAUCAGUCAACCGUGGUUCACCAGGAUGGCAGUACCAGAGCUGUACAGGUCACCAUGUACACAUGAGAGGUCUACCAUACACAGCAACUGAAAAGGAUAUUCAUGAUUUUUUCAGCGGUGUUCAACCAGUGCAUGUUGAGAUUCACUUGAAGCCCAACCGACAAGCCACAGGAGAAGCUGAUGUCGAGUUCAGUUGUCAUGAAGAUGCCAAGAUGGCUUUCACACGAGACAGACAAAUGAUGAGUGAUCGUUACAUUGAGCUUUUCCUGCAUUCACAACCGGGCUGCGACUUCAGUGGUGGUAACAUGGACAGUGACAUGAUGGGCAGUGGAGGUGGCGGUGGAUACGGCAACAACAGUAUGGGAAGUGGUGGCAGUGGCAGUGGCUAUGGAAACUCUGGCAAUUACUUCGGUAGUGGCAUGUCAGGAGGCAGUGGUAUGGGGGGCAUGGGCAGUAUGAGCAGCAGCAGAUUGGGAUUUGGAAGUGGAGGUAGCAGCAUGAACAUGGGAGGAAACAACUAUACGCCGUUCUCGUAGGAAAACACCUAUCGGCUUUAAUAAUUGAUGUACAAGGUUGUGUUUGGUUGUAACUGUUUAUGGACUAUCUCGUUGGUCUCUCAAUUGCCUUCGCUAGUGCAUUUUUGGCAUCUUACUCGUUGCCGAUGUGUACAGUAUUUCAGAAACUGUAAAUCUGCCAUAUCAUAUAAAUCCAUGAUAUCAUUUUAAUGAGAUUGUUUGAGUUGAUCAGCGAUUUUCCCUUCACAUUAUAUCUGGAUGUCAAGUAGUUACAAAGAAACACACCUUCAGAGAAGGAUUUGCGUGUCUCUCAGUUUUGACUGAAGGAAUAUCUCGCACAUAGACUUUUCCCUUAUGUAUAUAGCCCAUGAUUUCAUUCAAACUUUUGUGACUUCUUAUAGUUUUGUAAUUUUGUGACAAAACUGUCACUGGAAAUGAUUUCAAAUGCACCUAUUGCAUAUUGUUUUGUGCUUAUGUUGUCAUCUUUGAAACAAAUUAAGAAACUCAUUUCCACUAGUUUAUCCUUAGAAAAUGUAGUUAUGUUGUGAGCAACAUUUGGUUUAAUACUGUGGGAAAUAGGUCAGAUUUGUUACGUGUACAUAGAUUAAACUGACAAAUUUUCUCAUUUGUCAGCUCGAGUAUUUGUUAUGUACAGAAACUAAAUGUACAUGCGCUAAGCUGUCAGUGAACUUUUCAUGAAUUGAUCUGGAAAAUGUUCUUCACAAAUGUUGUCAUCUGUGCAUUUAUGUCCAUUCCUUGUCGAAUAACACUAUAACUGUUCAUUCGUGAAACCAGGUUUGAAUCCAAGUGGAUUCUAGAAAACCACUGAGUUAAUAACCUCUGUUGAGUUGCUGCACAUCAAGUCAUUUGGUAGAAUUUAUCACUUCUUUAAAAGAUGUCAUUAAAUUUUUUCAUCCCAUGUCAUUCAAUGCGUUGUAAGGCGUUGUCAUCAAAUAAAGUCAUUUUUAUGUGAAA